GUUGGGCAUGGCCAUCAGGCUCUGCUCCAACAUAAGUACUUUUUAACAAACAAAUCAUAAAACAUGGACAUGAUAAAUCAUUAUAAAAAAAAAAACACCUUAGAUUGGAGAUUAGGUCAGAGGAUCUUAUGAAAGUAUAAAACUGGUUGAUGGAUCAAGAGAAUUUAAAGGGAUACUAUAGUCACCAGGGCCAGAACCAUAAUCCCCUCUAUGACUCCCCAUGGGAAAGCAUUGGAUUGGCCAGACAAGAUCGGCAGCCACAGCUAGAGGGGAGCAGCGAGGGUUAAAUGUAAGUACAUAUUAUUUUUGUUUUGGGGGAGGAGGGAGAGAGAAGUGUACAGGUUUGCAUUUUUAUUUUUAGUAUUCCUUUAAUGAUAUUUAUUUUAGCUCAGUAGAUCAUUACUCUUCUCGUCAAAUUAAAUUAAAAGGUAUUUCUAAAAUUAAGAUGGAAAGUCAUCGUUUUAUUUAAACCACACAGAUUACUUCCAUUAAUGUCAGAUUAAGUAAUUAGAUUUGUAUUCAGUUUAGUGAAUUAGCCACAAAUCAAUGUUUAUAAGACAUGGGAAGUAAGAUACAUUUCCACAAACCCUGAUGUUUUGCAGUGUUUGUUUGAACAAUAAGAUCGUCUCACUCAAAAUGGAUUCAGUUUAGAUCUAGGUUCUACAACACUCCCAACACAAUACACUGGAUAUCUGUCUCAUAUUACACAGGUGUAGUAACUGGAGAGAUUGGGGAUGGAUCAUUUUUCUUAAGGUGGCUGAGAGGGAUUUAGUUAAAGGGACACUCCAGGCAUCAAUACGACUUGAAUGCAUUUGGUAGAUUUUGGCCUUUAAUAAUAAGCUGUGUUGUUUUUUUGCAUUCUCAAAUCUUUGUUUUUUUGUUCACACAUUUUUUUACAAUUUUCUUUUUUGCAGAAUGAGGAAACCUAAACCUCUCUCCUUACCCAAGCCCCCUCCACUUUAGAAAUCAAAGGUAUGCAGACAGUCUCAGCCCUAACCGCACAGAGUAAGUGGCUUUUAAUUCACAACCUGUCUGCAGACAGUCAGAGAGACUGCAGACACUCAGUAAUAUCCUCACCGUAUGUCCCCCUGGGUUCCUCUUCCUCUACUGUCAGUGGCUGUGCUGUGUACAUUCCUUUUUGAUAAGGAAGUCUUUAAAACAGUAACCUAACAAUUUAAAGUAGUAUCGGUGCCCGGAGUGUCCCUUUAAGGGAUUCAUUGACAGUUGGAGUUGGGAGGACCUGAUGGGAGACUGUGAUGAUAAAGUCGACAAGUACAGAGUUCCCUAGAAUUUAAACUGCACAAAAUAAUGGAACACUGUAUGAGAAUCUGGGACUCCUGCUUGGAUUGCAAAAUGUUCUAAUUUCUCUUUUUUCACAUUCCACAGUUAUUCACUAAAGUGUUAAAUUCUGGGCAUUCAAACAGCGUUAUUUAGCAAACUGAGAAUUUUGGGGAAUGCAAAGAGAAUUUCAGACCAAAUUAGCCGAACUCUAAGCAUUGCUGACUUGGAGAAUCUUCCAAUUCAGAUACAGUAUCUGGGCCUUAGAUUUUAGAUUCACUUGAUUCUCUUUGAAUUCCCGAUAAUUCGCUUUAGUAAAUAACUCUGAAAGUGAACUCAAAGUAAAUUCCAAAUUUAAGGCCAAUAUAUCUGAAUUCGAAUAUUUCUGCAGGUCAACUCUUUUUUUUAACUACUUUAGCCUAAAAUGUGAAAAUCACUUGACUCUAACGCAGUAAGAAUGAAUGUGGUAUUUCGGCUGCCUGGCGCAGUAAUGGCUGGUCCUGGCACAGUCGCAGAGUGGGUGUGGGAGUGGGUGUGAGUGUGUAAUUUAUUCUCCAACAGGGAACAAGCGGUCACUAGAGGGAGUUUCUUCUAGCUAUUUUUCUUACACAACCAGCUUCUCUGUGUUGGUAUAAAGCAGCUGCUGUCAUUCAACACUCUCACAAUAGCAGAAUCUGCUCUCAGACAUGUUAACCUCUGCAUCCCUGCGCUGCUGGCCUACUCUAGGCAGGAGAAGGGUCUUCUUCCUGCUGCAGACAUGCAGGGUGACUGGGACCCAGACAAGGACCAUAGCCAGGGCUGCAGCUGAGGUAGCAGAGGGGGACAAGAGAUUAAAAACCUUUGAAGAUCUGCCUGGCCCCUCUGUGCUGCAGAGCAUAUACUGGGUCCUGCUGAGAGGAUACAUUCUACACUCACAUGAGUUACAAGUAAGUUUAACCUUUACAGUGCCAAAUAUAGCACUGGUUGUUUGGGUGCAGCCUCAAAUGAGCUAUAGCUAUUGUUCAAUGCUUUUCCCACGGGUGUUACGCAGAAGUGUGCUAUAUUUAGUGUCGUUGUGUUAGAUCGGAGGGACACGAAGAGGUUUAGACCAAGAAGUGUGGGGAAUUGACAAGGAAAAUGUAAUAUAUCAGGUUAAAAUAUCAAAACUGGAAAAAUUGUCCCACAGAUCUUUUUUAUCCAGUUAAAGGGACACUCCAGGCACCCAGAACACUUCUGCCCAUUGGAGUGGUCUGGGUGCCAACUACUCUUAACCCUGUAAGUGUAAUUAUUGCAGUUUUUUUAUAAACUGCAAUAAUUACUUUGCAGGGUUAACUCCACCUCUAGUGGCUGUCUACUAGAGCGGCGGAGGAAGAAGCAGCGACGUGGGACAUCGUCGCUGCCUCUGGUAAGUUACUGAAGGGGUUUUCACCCCUUCAGCAACCGGGGAUUGGGGGGUGGGAGGGAGAGGGAACCUGCGGUGCCAGGAAAACAGAUUGUUUUCCUGGCCCUGGAGUUUCCCUUUAAGCUAUCUGGCCAUAGCAUGUGUGAUUUACAUUCUCUAAAGCUUUCUGUUCUCAAUUACAUGGUACCCAGGGUAACCUCCAAUGUUUUUUAGAUAUCAGGAAUUCUAAGUGAAUUUCACAUUUAAAGGGACACCACUCCAGACCCUUAUAAGUUUAGCAUGCUGAAAUGUUUUAUGUGUGAAGUGUCCUGUUUUUGUUUGUUUUUUUUUCAUUUUACAAAAAAAUGCAGAUUCAAAAGAUAUUGUCACUUUUAUAAAUGAACUUUGUUACACUUCUUGGUUGUCAAUCAGAGUUAAGUGAAGCUAAACUCAAAAGGAAGCAAUUGCCUAGUGCACGGGUUUGCAACCCAGUCCUCAAGUGCCCCCAACUAGUCCAGAGUUUAGGGACUACCUUGUCAUGUCUAAAGUAUUUUUUCUCUUUCUUCUAAAAACACCUUAGACACAACAGGGUACUCCCUAGAUCUUGGACUGGUAGAGGGUAUAUGAGGAAUGGAUUGGGAACCACUGGCCUAGAGUAUCUGCCUUGCAAAGUCUUCUCACUGAGCUGUAUUAGGAAGUCUGUGAUUGGACAGUCACAGAAAGUCUGGGCGGGGUUAGAAGGGGAGGGCCUGCAAAGGCUGCAGACAAGAGAUAUGUACAUUUUUAGAUAUAACUCCAAUAAAAAAAUGCUAGAUUAAGGGCAUGCAUGGUUUUUGAGGGUAUAUCAACUAAACAAUGAUAUUUAAUUACAUUUUUGUAUUUCGGCAGAGGAGUGUCCCUUUCAGGCCAGAGGAGCUGAACUGGAAGCAUAGCUGGACUUAGAAGAUUCAUCCAGUUCAGCUAUAUUUAAUUAAAUUUGCCCCAUUCCAUAGUCCGGGCGAUGGCGGUAGGUAGCAGGUAUGUCACUCUGAUGUUAAGUUCUUACUCACUGCUGAUAAUUUAGGGGGACAGUUUUUCCAUGAGCUGUAGAAAAGUAAAAAUUGGUCAGCGUAUCACACCAUUUAUUCAUAUUGGUAAUGAAACGUUACCUUGUUUAAUUCAGGAUUAACAGUAAUCUUCUAAUAAUCCCCUAGUCGGACUCUAGCUGAAACUCACGUGGGAUUCAUCACAUAACAGUGAAAAAAUGUCUGGGAGACUUGAAUACCUUUUACCAACAGCUGUCCAUUAAAUGUUAUAAAAUCUAUAUUAAAUAACUUUGUUUCCAGAAAGAAGACCUUCUGGGGUAAACUCCUCUCUAACAUGGGAGUACACCAUGUGAAGGACGGGCCUCGACAAAGCAGUCAGUGCUAGGUUUACACAAAAAAACAAACAAACUGGUUUUAAACUUUGUAAUGUGAGUUGAAACCAAUAACAAAUCCAAGGAACAUUCACUGGACAAUAAAUGGUUUAUUGACCUGCAUUACUGUGUCAUAGAGGAGUUUAUCCCAAUGGUUGAAAGAGGAACGCCAUUAAAAUAAAUCAGAUUCUAGGGAACUGCACUCAGUAAGUUGUUUACUAUGACCUUCUUUGUCUAUUUUGAGUAUUCGAUGAUGAGUUUUGAUGCAACUAAUGGAGAGAGUUGUGUUUUGGGAGUGCACCGCCACAGGGUAAUUUGCUAUAUUGGGAAUGCCAGAAAUUCAAAGUGAAUUUCACAUUAAAUAAACCAAAGAUGCCAAAAUGAAAGCUUUGCUGAUUUGAAGAAUAUUUUUUUUUUGGCUUUAAAUUUAUUUUGAAUUUCUCCCAAUUCUCACUUUAGUAAAAAAAACAACAACUUGCCAGUACUCGUAGCACAUGUGUCUACAGAGUACAAUAGUUACGGGUGUUUUGUUUUUUUCACAUGUUCUCUAUGUAACAUCUAGUAUUUGCAUUUCAAAAUAAUUUAUUGAUAUUGCGACCUUUCAGAUCAUCUUCAAGGAGAAAUAUGGACCGAUGUGGAAAUCGUCGUUUGGACAAUAUCAAGUAGUUAAUGUUGCAGAUGUGAACUUGGUAGAAACUGUCCUCAGGCAGGAGGGGAAAUACCCAAUGAGGUGUGACAUGGUUCUUUGGAAAGUACAUCGUCAUAUGAGGGAUCUGGCCUAUGGUCCAUUGACAGAGUGAGUUUGAAGAAUGUAUUUUACGGAGUUCGCUGAUCUGGACAACUCUAAAUUGUCUUCAUCAUCAUAGCGCAUUUAAAAUAUAUUGUGAUCUGCUGUGUGCAUUAUCUUUACAUUUGUUUACCAAACAAUGUAUUGGUUGUUAGUGUUUUUUUUAAUUAAAAUAUAAUGUUUGUAGACCAGUGGUCCCCAACCAAGGUGCACUGGGUGGGUUUAUAUUGUUAAAGGGAAACUUCAGGCUCCCACACACCUUAGGUGCACUGUGUAGGUUAUAUUACAGUUAUACUGGAUGGGUUUAUAUUAUUAAAGGGACACUCCAGGCUCCCACACACGUUAGAUGCACUGUGUAGGUUAGGUUACAGUUAGUUAUACUGGAUGGGUUUAUAUUAUUAAAGGGACACUCCAGGCUCCCACACACGUUAGAUGCACUGUGUAGGUUAGGUUACAGUUAGUUAUACUGGGUGGGUUUAUAUUAUUAAAGGGACACUCCAGGCUCCCACACACGUUAGGUGCACUGUGUAGGUUAGGUUACAGUUAGUUAUACUGGGUGGGUUUAUAUUAUUAAAGGGACACUCCAGGCUCCCACACACGUUAGAUGCACUGUGUAGGUUGGGUUACAGUUAGUUAUACUGGGUGGGUUUAUAUUAUUAAAGGGACACUCCAGGCUCCCACAUAUUAGGUGCACUGUAGGUUAGGUUACAGUUAGUUAUACUGGGUGGGUUUAUAUUAUUAAAGGGACACUCCAGGCUCCCACACACGUUAGAUGCACUGUGUAGGUUAGGUUACAGUUAGUUAUACUGAGUGGGUUUAUAUUAUUAAAGGGACACUCCAGGCUCCCACACACGUUAGGUGCACUGUGUAGGUUAGGUUACAGUUAGUUAUACUGGGUGGGUUUAUAUUAUUAAAGGGACACUCCAGGCUCCCACACACGUUAGAUGCACUGUGUAGGUGAGGUUACAGUUAGUUAUACUGGGUGGGUUUAUAUUAUUAAUGGGACACUUCAGGUUCCCAUAGGUUACAGUUGGUUAUUACUAAUCGUAACCUAACCUACACAGUGCAUCUAACAUGUGUGAGAGCCCAGAAAGUCCUUUUAAUUCAACACACAUGGAGAAUCCAGACUUUAGUUUUAAAUGUGUAGCAGUAGAUGACAAAUACUGACUUUUUUUAGAGUACUCUGUAUAUGGAACUAAAGUAUUGCUCAUAAUGCAAAAUACUCUGAGUUCUAUUGCACUGUAGCUCUGUGUUAAACACACAGAAAGUGCACAGUCCAAGCAGUAACACAGAAAAUGUUGUAGAAUCCAAUUAUCUCAUGUGGAAUUAUUGCGAAGACUCUAAUCUCUGUGUGGUUCUAGAAAAAUAAAUAUUAAAAAUGGGCCUCUAUUACUCAUUAUUACAAAAAUCUGUGAAGUUAUAAUUUCUUAAUAAAACACACACACAGGGCUUUAUUAAUAUUGCUGCAGUUACAAGCUAGCCCCUUGGCCGCAGCAAGAGAUUACGUCUAGUUAAAGGAUAAGCCCAGACAUAGCCAUGCAUAUAAUUCGGAUCACUAAAUAGUGUGCAACUGAUCUAAUCACAUCCCUUAAAUACUAAUGACUGGAGCAGCUGCUUGGGGGUAAACUAUGCCUCCCACAAACUCCCGCUAGGCAGAGGUUUAUGGGACAAGAUCAGAUUCUUUAGACCAGAAUGAGAAGUUGAUUGGUUGAGCGGUUUCCUGGUGAGAUAGGGAUUUGCCUCAUGCCGUUGGCUUCAAGAGCUUGAAAUGUAAAUUUUGUUUGUUAUUUUUGCAGCAUGUUUUAAUCAACUAUCUGUACUAUAUGUAUUACAAAAAAGAGGUAACGUGACUGUUGUUUCUCUUUAAUACAACUGAAAAAGUUUUUAAAAUCACAAAAAAAGAAAAAAAAAAGUUUCUAUAGCAAUAAGCCAUGAAUAUUACAUAAAGUGUCUGUCUGAUGGUUUUUCAAACACAUUAUUGAAUACGGUAUUUCUAAAGGGAACCCCAUGUUCCGUGCUUCCAGGGAAGGCCACCGCUGGCACAGGCUGCGGACUGUGCUGAAUAAGAGAAUGCUGCUGCCCCAGGAAGUGGUGUUGUACACUGGAUCACUCAAUGAGGUGGUUACAGACUUUCUGCUCAGACUGGAUGAGAUGAGAAAGGAAUCUCCUUCAGGAGUUAUGGUCAAUGACCUACCAAACGCCCUCUACAGAUUCGCCUUCGAAGGUAAUUUUUGGGGAGGGGAAAGAUGCUAAAAGAAAACUGCUUCUGUUUUCCAGAUCUUUAUAAUUGAUUUGUUAUCCACUUACAUUUUCUGCAUCAUGUGGAUUGGUACUUGAAAUCCCAGCAAUAUUUAGAGUUUAUGUGCUCCCGGCGUGAAAUCAAUUAUGUAAUCACUGCAUUUCCACUGAUAUGGAACUUUUUGAUUUCUUACCUGAGGUCCGCUAGCACCGAUAGCAGCUUCUGCUACUGCAGUCAAUGAGCCAAGAGGUCUGUGUUUGAGGUAACCCUUGCAGUGCAGAGUUUAGCUAGUUGGCUGAGAGUUAUCAACGGACACUCAGAGCCAGUGAGCUAACCAUGGACUCAGGACUUCACUUGGGAGAAGUGAUGGAAGCUCUUAAGAAGAAACAUCCAUCUCUCUGGCUUCUCUGGAGACAGAGAAUGGCAUUCCGCAAACCCCAGAUAAGAAGUCAAACCAUUUUAAAAAUAGUUGGACUACUUAUCAUGGUAGGAUGCCAGGGCACUCCUGAAACCAUAGCCACUAUAACGCACAACUUGACAGGAUGUGGAAUUCACAAGGUGGCAAAUACUUGGCGAGACAGCAAGCCUAAAAAUCCUUCUUACAGUUACGGUAUUUUAAAAACACCAUCUUCAUUACUGCAACUGUCUGCGUCAGCCACAGAUCUUUGGUCCAUCGGAACUUACCAAAAUUCUGGUCCAUAGUCUUGGUGAUUUACUAAACUACAAAUUAAUAGCCAAAUUAGAUUUACAAAAUCCAGCAUGGGAGUUUACAAACCAGAAUCAUUUUGGAAAAAUUGGUUCUUGGGUCCCAAAUUUGCAUCUUUAAUUUUUUUGUAAACUGAUUUAAUUUUUUUAACGUUUCCAACAAGUAUAUCAACAAUGUGGAAAAAACUCUAACAAGAACUCAGUCAAUCAAUAUCGUUCACUUCUAAUAAAACUUCCAAAUUAUCAGACUGCAGGGACCCGACGCAGCGAGAUAAAUGUCAAACCAUUCAUACACCUGACACCACAGCAACUACCAUAUAUUGCAGUAGUUAUGGUGUUUAGAAUGUUCAUUUAACGAUCACAGAUUUUCUUAUUCAUGGUUUUUAUUUAAUUUUUUUCUUCUUCUAGGUAUUUCUUACAUAUUGUUUGAGACUCGGAUCGGCUGCUUGGAGAAACAGAUACCCUCAGACACCCAGAGGUUCAUUGAUUCCAUUGGCAGUAUGAUGAAGAAUCACGUCAUUGCUUCUAUUUUGCCAGAGUGGACCAACAGAGUACUGCCAUUUUUUAAACGCUAUAUAGAAAGCUGGGACAACAUCUUCUCAUUUGGUGGGUGACAAAUUCAAAGGAAAUCUUUUUUUUCUAGUAACAUUAAAAAGGGCAUUUUACAAAAAUAAAAUUUGUAGUAACAAGAAAGCAAAAAACAAACCAACUGCACUAACAGAACCUCGGUCGGGGGUGACCAAAGGGUAGAUCUACAGCUCCCAUAAUGCUUUGUAUGCCUUUAGAAUGCUUUUACAAUGGCUUCAUGGAAGCUGUAGUUUUAAACUAUCUGGGGAUCUACCUUUUGGGCACCCCUGACCUGCGUGGAAAAGAGAAAGAUUUAACUCGAUCAGAAAAUAAAAACACAAAAGUACAGAUAUGUCAACCAUCCAUUACAUCAGUAAAACCUUUACUCUGAACCAGGCUCUCGUCUAAAGUAAAUAAAGUAAAAUCAGGGUAGUACAUAAAUGUUUGACGCUAGUGGAAAACCCCAUAUAGACUACUAUUCAAACACCUUACCGCAUAAAUGUAUUUAGAAAAGCCUUACUCCUUCUACAUUAAUAUACCAAAACAAUUGCAGAAAUGUGCAAAAACAUAAUUUUGCAAUAAACCUGAAUCUGAUUGACAGUCCAAAAAAUAUGCAGUUGAAAAGAAAAGCACAAUAAAACUUUAAACCAAAGAAAACCUACAAUAAAAAAUAAAUAAUUAAAUCUAAAUAUAAAGCUGACGUAUGUAUCGGUAUGUCCUGACCCGGGCCUCAAUCACACUCCGUUGCCUUUUCUCUUAGUUUGUUAGCGGUUUCUGAACUUCGGACAGUAUUGAGCAAUGUGGGCUUUUCCUCUGUAAUUUCCAAUGUUUGUCCUGUUUGGAUUUGAUGUUGAUGUAAUUUGUUAAAUGUCUGCUACACAUUUUUAAAGAAAAAGGAACAUAUCAUGAAGGUAAAUACAAGAUUAUUCAAUGGGGGUAAACUGACUGAUCCCCUUUAAAACAAAUCUGGGUUGUGGGUUACAGCCCUUGUAAUUCCAAAAUGCAAUCAAGCCAAAAAGGAGGACAGCACAACAUUAGCACAUACAUUUAUUGAAGGACAUGGCAUUUUGGGUAUAAAACCCCUUAUCAAUGUAUUGUGCCUUGGUGAACCCUGUACCAUAAUCGUGCUAUGCUCCUUUUUUUUUUUUUUUUUUGCACCGAUUAUGUGUUCUUUUACAUUGUUAAUGGUUCAUCAGCAGUUAACAUGUAGAGAACACACAAACUAUAGACUGUGAUAGAGGUAUUGGUGUGGUAGAUCACUAAGAUUUAGGUAGACUGGUGAACCCUGGCAUAUGGCUCAUAUACAAUAUAUCAAGAGUGGCUCUCGAUUGUAGACGAGCUGUCUAGUUAGUGUACGAAGAACUUCUGGAUGUGUGAGGUCUCAGUGAUCAGGCUGGUGAGAUAGCUCAGUGGAUAGCUCUCCAGUUGCAGUAUCUCAGUGUCACAUAGUUACAUAGCUGAAAAGAGACUUGCGUCCAUCAAGUUCAGCCUCCUCACAUCAGUUUUUGCUGUUGAUCCAAAAAAGGCAAAAAAACCCAUUCUGAAGCGCUUACAAUUUUGCAACAAAAUAGGACAAAAAUUCCUUCUUGACCCCAACAUAGCAGUCAGUUAUCUCCUUGGAUCAAGCAGCUAUUGCCCCACUAAUUUGAUAUUAUAUCCCUGUAUGUUAUGUUUUUGGAAGUAUUUAUCCAAUUGCUGUUUAAACAUAUGUAUGGACUCUGAUAAAACCACCUCUUCAGGCAGAGAAUUCCAUAUCCUUAUUGCGCUUAUUGUGAAAAAAAAAAAAACAUUUUCUUUGCCUUAGAUGAAAUCUCCUUUCAUCCAGCCUAAAUGCGUGACCUCUAGUCCUAUGUAUAGCCUUGUUUAUGAAUUGAUUUCCAGAUAAUGGGUUGAACUGGCCCUGAAUAUAUUUGUAUAAUGCUAUCAUAUCUCCUCUGAGGCACCAUUUUUCCAAACUAAAGAGACUUAGAUUUCUUAACCUUUCUUCAUAACUAAAAUGCUCCAUUCCUUUUAUCAAUUUUGUAGCUCAUCUUUGGACUUUUUCUAGUGCCAUGAUAUCCUUCUUUAGAACAGGUGCCCAAAAUUGCAUAGCAUAUUCAAGGUGUGGUCUUACCAGCAAUUUAUAAAGAGGCAAAAUGAUAUUUUCAUCCCUGAAAAUGUUCCCCCUAUUUAUAUAUGACAAACCUUACUGGCCUUAGCAACUGCAGAUUGACAUUGCAUAUUGCUGCCUAAUUUGUUGUCUAUAACAAUUCCCAAAUCCUUCCACUACCAUUUAGGGUGUAAAUUGCUUGUGCAUUCUUGACCCCGAAGUGCAUAACUUUGCAUUUUUCUACAUUAAAUUUAAUCUGCCAUUUUAGUGCCCAGUCCCCUAGUCUAUCUAAAUCCCUCUGCAGUAGAGCAAUAUCCUGCUCACAUUUUAUUACUUUACAACGUUUUGUGUCAUCUGCAAACACUGAAAUGUGGCUUUCAAUGCCUAUUUCAAGAUCAUUUAUAAAUAUGUUUAAUAGAAGCGGUCCCAAAACAGAACCCUGAGGGACACCACUUACUACUUUUUUCCAGCUUGAAAAUGUACCAUUAAUUACAACUCGUUGUACUCUAUCCUUAAGCCACUGUUCUAUCCAAGAAUAAGAAUAUUCAUCUAGACAAAUUUCUUUUAGUUGGAAGACUAACCUAUUGUGAGGAACCGUAUCAAAUGCUUUGGUAAAAUCCAAUCCACUAAAACAUCCUGAUCUAUACUUCUAGUUACUUCUUCGUAGAAUGCAAUUAGGUUAGUUUGCCAUGACCUAUGUUUCAUAAACCCAUGCUGAUUAUUGCUAAUAACAAAGUUCUUCCCAAUGAAUUCCUGAAUAUUAUCCCUUAAUAGCCCUUCAAAUAUUUUCCCAGUCACACAAGUUUAGCUCACAGGUCUAUAAUUUCCAGGUAAGGAUUUUGAACCCUUUUUAAAUAUUGGAACGACAUCUGCCUUCCUCCAAUCCUCUGGUACAAUACCUGAACCAAACGAAUCUUGAAAAAUUUAAAUACAGAGGUUCACUUAUUUCCCCACUUAGCUCCUUAAGUACUCGUGGGUGAAUUCCCUUCAGGCCCGUAGCUUUAUUUACAUUAAUUUCCUUUAAUAGCUGUAGAACCUUGUCUCGAGUCCUCCAAUCACAAGUUAUCUGUAAGUUUUUUUUUUUUUUUUUGCAGCAAACAUUUGCAUAUCUCUUGCCAUAGAAUCCUCAUUAAUAUAUACUGAAGUUAUUUAAAAUAUCUGCCUUUUCCUGGUCUUUAUUAACUAACAGACCUAUCUGUUUCCAUUUUACCUACACUUUCAUUUGUUUUUUUUUGUUGUUUUUUUUUUUUUAUAAUUGAUGUACUUGAAAAAGGUUUUGGGGUUGGUUUUGCAUUCUUUGGCUAUCAAUUUCUUAUUUUCUAGUUUAGCCACUUUGGUUGCCUUUUUGCAAUUUUAUAUCUUAUAUAGGAUGCCUCUGAUUUGUCCAAUUUCAAAUGCCCUUUUCUUAAAUUUUAAUCUCUUGAUUUACUUCUCUACUAAACCACAUUGGUUUCAAUUUGUUUCUUUUACAUUUAUUACCCAAUGGUACAUCCUGAGAAAUGUACCUUUCUAAUAUUUGUUUGAAUAGUUUCCAUUUAUUCUCAGUGUUUUUAUCACCAAGGAGUUUAUGCCAGUCGAUAUGUUGUGUAGCUGCCCUAAUCUUAUUGAAAUUGGCUUUUUAAAAAUUAUAUGUUUUAGUAUACCCCACGUGCUUUUGCUUUUUUGAGUUUAUUUUAAAAAUUACCAUAUUGUGAUCACUAUUUCUCAAAUGCUCCCCUACUUGAAUGUUGGUCAAAAUUUUUGAAUUUAACAAGUUCAAAAACCUGCUUCCCCUUGCUGAAAUACUAGUCCCUCUAUCCCAAUUUAUGUCCGGAUAAUUAAAAUCUCCAAUAAUUAACGUCUUACCUCAAUUUGCAGCUUUCCCAAUUUGACAGUUGUUCUUCCUCAUUAAUAUUUACAUUAGGUGGUUUAUAACAUAUCCCAAUCAAUAACUGAUUUCCAUUCAUUUGCCCCAAGCAGAUAUCUACCCAUAAAGCUUCCAAAUUUUCCUCGUCAUACUCCACAUGCCUAAGAUUUGACUUUAACUCAUGGUUGACAUAUAAACAUACCCCACCACCCUUCUUGUUUUUCCUAUCCUUUCUAAAUUACCCAUUUAAGUUAACUGCCCAGUCAUGUGUCUCAUCCCACCAUGUUUCUGUUAUGCCUAUUAUAUCAUAUUGUUUAGUGUAUGCUAGUGCCUCUAGUUCCCGCAUUUUGUUAUAUAGGCUCCUUGCAUUAGUAAGCAUACAUUUAAUAUUAUCAGGAGUCAUUUUGUGAAUUUUGAUCAAUAUUACAUACCUUCUCUAUUCUGAGCUUGCCCCUCUCCUCCCCCCUUCACUCCCCUAUACUGAGCUAAAGCCCGUCUCCUUUCUGUCCUUUCUCUCGGUUGCCAUGACCCCCUUCUCACUCCCCCCCCACCCCCCACUACUAGUUUAAAAUCUCCUCCAACCUUCUAGCCAUCCUAGACCCCAGCACAGCAGACCCUCUCCCGUUUAGGUGCAACCCAUCACGACUAUACAGGUUGUACCCAAGCGCAAAAUCGGCCCAGUGCUCUAAAAAACAAAAAAAACCUUUCCUGCACCAAGACUUCAGCCACGCGUUGACCUCUCUAAUCUCCCGCUGCCUUUCUGCUGUAGCGCGCUGCACCAGUAAUAUUUCUAAAAAUAUUACCUUGGAGGUCAUUUUCUUUAGUUUACUUCCUAGUUCCCUGAACUCAUUCUUUAGGACCUUCCUUUUUCCCCUGACUUUUUCAUUGGUACCAAUAUGGACCUUGACAGCUGGGUCAUCCUCAGCUCCUCUCAAUAAUCCCUCCACUCUGUUGGCAACAUGCCGGACCCGAGCACCCGGGAGACAGCAAACUGUCCGGUUGAGAUGAUCAGAGUGGCAGAUUACCCUAUCUAUUCUCUUAAUAAUAGAGUCCCCUACCACCACAACCUGUCUAGACUUCCUUACACUCUCAACCCCACCCAUACUAGAGGGGCUGUUCCCACGGCUGUUAGAAGGAACAGCUCCCUGCAGUACAGCUACUCCUGAGCUGAUGCUCCCAGCAUCUUCACACAAACGGGCAAAUCUGCUAGGUUGCACAAGAUCAGGACUAGCUAAACCUUUCCUCUUCCCUCGUCCCCUGCUUUCUCGCCCCCCUGUUACCCAGCUAUGUGCCUGCUCACCAAGUGUCUCAUCUCCUCCCACUCCACUACCUGCACCCACUAAACUCUCCGCAGUGAGCAGCAGACUCCUCUCAAGAUUGUCAAUCUCCCUCAAUGUUGCAAUUUGCCUCUCCAGAUCUCUAAUCUGAGCUUCCAGAAAAGCCUCUCGCUCACACCCACCACAGAGAUAUGGACCCUAGAUGGCUUCAUCCAGGCAGCCUGAUGUGCACUGAGUAAAACUUGCAAUCUUGCUAGCACUCAUCCCAGUUACCAAAACACAAGUGAGCAAAAAUAAUAAAACUACUUACCCUUUUGGUUUAAAUUCCCUUUUAGUUUAAACUCUUGUUGUUGCAUUUCGUACUUUAAAUAGCCUACUUUCAAGCAAACUCCAGUGAGCAAGCUCUGUGUGUCAGUAGUGGGUUUAUAUUGGCAAUACAAAUCCCACACAAGUGGAAAUUAAGGUUCAUCUCAGAAAUGUAUCCUAUAUUAUUCAGUGUAAUGAUAAUAAUAAUAUUUACAGCUCAAGGGGCACUUGGAAAUUAGCAACUAUCUCAAUUAACCUUUCUUGAUUAAAUGGUUUGAUUCUAUACAGGGCUGAUAGCAAAGCCUUAAAAUCCACUCCAAUCCAUAGCAUACACAGCAGGGAUACAUGUCUCCUACCCGGGAUACAUGUCUCCUACCCGGGAUACAUGUCUCCUACCCGGGAUACAUGUCUCCUACCCGGGAUACAUGUCUCCUACCCGGGAUACAUGUCUCCUACCCGGGAUACAUGACUCCUACCCGGGAUACAUGUCUCCUACCCGGGAUACAUGUCUCCUACCCGGGAUACAUGUCUCCUACCCGGGAUACAUGUCUCCUACCCGGGAUACAUGUCUCCUACCCGGGAUACAUGUCUCCUACCCGGGAUACAUGUCUCCUACCCGGGAUACAUGUCUCCUACCCGGGAUACAUGUCUCCUACCCGGGAUACAUGUCUCCUACCCGGGAUACAUGUUUACUAUGCUAGUGGCUAGUGAAAAUUCUGAGCCCUGAUAUUUAUAUUGUUUUAAAUCACACAAUUGGAUUGAAAAUACCUGCCUUUACCCAGGAGUAGGGGGCUUUAUACAAUGUGGUAUUUGCAAUGACUGUUCACAUAGGUUUAUUUGACCACUUUCUGAUACAUUUGGCUUCUCUCAUUACAUUAAAUGGGACCUUUGAUGACUUGGAUUGAUUGAACGGUCUACGCACCAUAAACACUUUGCAUCGUUGCAAAUGGUACUUCAAACACGCUGAGCGCGCUGCCAUUUCUAACAAUGGUGUCUAGCAGGAGGGAUUUGUAAAAACAGCAGCCACUAUAAGAAAGGCCACCAUGACAGUCAGUCAGGCAUCCUGCAAUACUUUAUUCCGUUUUGCCGGAGUCCAUUAUUUUGCCUAUUGUGUGUGUCAUGUGCAAACCACAUACACUAUACAUACUAACAUACGAGUUCCUUCUCCCCUCCCCAGAGAUACAACGAACAGCUGAUACUAACUGUAUGAACUGAGGUGUAAAGAGCUGUUCAAAUAAUUCUAUGUGAUGAUUGGAACUGCUUUUUGAGGUGUAACUACUUAUCCCAUAAUCUCCUAGUGGACAGGAAAUUUGGGAUGUAGUCUCUCACCACAAACCAAAAUACAAGGCUCCUGAUUGGAGCAUGUUAAACUAGUGUUGGAGGGGACUGCCAGUAGCUUCACAGAGACUCACGAAGUAGUCCCCCGAGGAAUAAUUUAAAAGGUAGAUUACUUUUAUUUUUUUUAAUUUGUUGCCAAUAUUUCUGAUACAAAAUAUUAAAUGAAAUUGUGUCCUAUUUUACCUAAACUAACCCUUAACUCGCUCACAUUCCUCUGUUUAAAAAAAAUAACACAUGUAUUGUGUUCACUGACUGAUAACCCUGCCCUUCCUUUGCUGUAUAGGGAAAAAGUUGAUAGACCAAAAGAUGGAGAAGAUCCAGGAGCGUUUGGAGCGCGGUGAAGAAGUACAGGGUGAAUACCUGACGUAUUUACUCUCCAGUGGUCAACUAACAGACAAAGAGGUGUAUGGCAGUGUGGCAGAGCUGCUAUUGGCCGGAGUAGACACGGUAUGUGAAUAAUGGGUUCUUUCAGAUUUAAAAAUAUAAAAAAAAUUGUGGAAAGGGUUUUUUUUUUUGUUUUGUUUUUCUUAGUCUUUAUGUACUAAGAAAGUACAAAUUUUUCAUCAUCCUUGAUUGGAGCUGUACAGUCUGUACUACAAUAAGAGGCUGAACAGCAAAGGGGAAUCGAGGCUCAUGCCCCCGUUUUUAUGCCAAGUUAUAAUCCUUGGCCACCUAUCCUGCUCGACCCUUUUCUAUUCUCAGAGGUAACGUGUGACCUUGUAUCGCCCUCACCACAUGGUGGCACUGUGAUAACAUUAUUCUCUUUCUCUCCAGACUUCCAACACACUGUCCUGGGCUCUGUACCAUCUGUCAAAAAACCCAGAAAUACAGGAAGAGCUUUAUAAAGAGGUGACAGGGGUCAUCCCUGGAGAAACUAUACCCACUGCGCAGGACAUCUCCAAAAUGCCACUGCUGAGGGCUGUAAUUAAAGAAACACUCAGGUAGAUUCUGCUUGAAUUUAGUUAUGUCCCUCACAUUUAUAGAAACAUUGAUGUAGGCUCUGCUGAGAUUUACUUAACAAUUCAGUUGAAAGCGAAGUUAGAAAGUCUAAUUCAGGGAGACCCGACACUCCCCAAAAAGGGUAGGUUUAAUAUAAAUAUAGAGAACUGGGUUUCAACUCUAAUAAAUAAAUAAUUUAGAAAGCACUGGUGGGUUUUUCAAAUAUUCAUUUAUAUCUGAGAAGUAAAAAAAUAAAGAAAAAUAAUUUUACAUUAAACUAAGAUGCUGAAUGAAUAUAUAUAUAUAUAUAUAUAUAUAAUAUAAAAAUAAACCGUAAAUGGCUUGCACUCACGGUCUUUUCGUAGGAAAAAUUCCUUUAUUAGAUAUAUGUGAAAAGGGAUCAACGUUUCAUCCCUCGUCUGGGGCUUUCCUCAGGAUCAAUGCUUUUGUUUGUGAUGUGUAUUAGACAUGCAUUGAUCCUGAGGAAAGCCCCGGACGAGGGCUGAAAUGUUGAUCUCUUUUCACAUAUAUCUAAUAAAGGAAUUUAACUACGAAAAGACGGCGAGUGCAAGCCAUUUUCUGUUUAUUUUUAUAAUUUGGCUAUGACUGCAAGAUGCACCCAGCAUUAUAGAGAAUAGUCAGAGUGCAAGGUCCUGUGGAGAUUUUAUUUUUUUUAUAUAUAUAAUAUAAUUUUUUUUUUUUUAAUUCUCUAGAUAUAAAUAAAUAUUAAAAGAAAAUACACUAGAGCUACCUAAAUUGAGGCCAACCACAUUUAAUUAGUACAUGAAUAUAUUUAUUUUUAUUAAAGUUUGUUUGGGUUUAAAUAUCCUACGAGGAAUAAAAAAAAAAAAAUAAGGCUCCACUGUAAUGUUUAUCCUUUUAAAAGUGACUUAGGGACAAAAAAAAUAUUUGAUUUUAAAAAGCAUGGGCCUGAGACAGGCCUGUAUAAAAUCUAUAAAAGUUCUUCCAUGAGAAGUCAAGCAAUUGCGCGCACACACAAAGGGAGUUUGCCGAUAUGCAUGAAGCCAUUUUUGCCCAAACCGCUCCUGACAGCCAGUGAGGUGUGUCUGCCAAUUCAAUUAUAAAAGAAAUCUGCACUUUCAUAAAUCACAAAAAGCACUUCAGCUUUCUGGAAAGUGUUAAUUUAAGAUGAAAGUAUCGGUAUAUGGAGAUUGAAAGCGAUGACAGCAUUUAUUAUUUUAAAUUAAAAAAAAUAUAUGUUUGAACUAAUUGUGCCUCUAUUUUUCAGGAUGUACCCAGUUAUACCAACGAAUUCCAGAGUUGCAGUUGAGAAAGCGAUAACUAUAGGAGAUUAUAACUUCCCAAAAGGUGUAAGUAAACGUUACCAUUGUGCAGUGCGUGGCACACCGAGAAAACAGGAAAUGGCAAAGAUGGCUGCUACCAAUUCUUGCUUUUAAAUGCUUAAUUUAAAGGUGCUCCUAGGUAAAAAUACUGCAAACCCUACUCUCAUUCAUACAUUAUAUAUUGCAUUAGUGGUACUAAGAAGGGGAGGUGAGGUAAUUUAAUCUGUCCACUUCAGCAUUGUUUGCAUUAAAAAGUUAGCAUUCUCUACACCUACCUACGACCUUUUUCCAAGCAAUCAAUACUGCAUGUCUGGAUGGGGAAGAAGCCGCGCCUCAAGGAUGGCGAGGAUACCGGCCUGGACACUGCCAGACUUACAUAAACCCUGGAAACAGAUUGAGGCUAGUUUUUUGACCGUGCUGAUACACAUUAUCCUGGCAAGAGGCCAAUGACCAUUUACUUUGCCUGAACGUAUGCCAGCAUCCUACUAUAUAACCUAUCACUAUGGCACAAAUAUAGAGCAGAUUUGGGGCUCUUGCCACCCUGUUCCCCAUUACUAUCACUUACACACAACUCGUCCGUGUCCACAGACUUGACUGCGUGGCUGUCCUCAUGCUAUUUUAACAGCCCGAAUAUACGAAUACAAGAUAUCUGCACCACAGACUCUCUCCCAACAUUGGUACAUUGUCUACAUGAAAAGACCCCAACAUUUUCAGACAAAUUUAGACACCAUCAACUGAUACAUUAUCUGAAGUUACUUCUGCAUAUGCUAUAAGGACCACGUAGUUUGACUGAGUAUGAGCAAGUCAUCCUCACAUGGUUUUGUCCCAGACUACUCCUGUCGGAGUCCUACAGAACUAUGCAGACAUUGGUACCUGACCCUCUUCCCUCGUACACUAAAGCGUGGGAAAAGGAUCUUGGUAUCUCCCUUCCCACUCACCAGUGGCAAAACAUUUUUCAAGCUGCUACCUCUCUGGUGACGAGUUCCAGGCUUUUGGAGGUUGGUCGGAAGCUCGUGACUAGACGGUAUCACACCCCAGAGAAGCUACAGUACACAGGUGGUACCCUACCCUCCCAGACAGCUGUUGGAAAUGUGGGGUAGAUGGGGGCAUGUUCUCACAUAUUUGGUGGUCCCCCAAUACGGAAAUUCUGGGACGAAGUUAUACCCCUGACCUCAUUGGCCUUCGGUUGAACCCAACUCCUGCAGAAAACUUACCGCUUCAUGCAAAUCUCUCUCUGUCCAAACUAAAAAAAAUCCUGCUUACCACUACUAUUGCUGGUGGCGAAAUCCCUAGUCCCACUACAUUGAAGAUUCCCCCCCCAGAUUCCAACGCUGACUGAAUGGACUCAAAGAGUGGAGGAACUCUGAAAAAUGGAGGAACUCACUGCUUACUCCUCUAAUUCCCAUGAUAAGCACGUCCUUAUUUGGAAGCCAUGGAUUCACUUAUCUAAUCGGACUGGCCCAGGGAAUGGAAUUAACUCCACCCAUAUAGGGAACUCCUCCCCUGAAGUUGUAGUAGAGUCAGUGGGAGUUGCCCCCACCGCCUCUUACACCCUGAGACACCAUAGUACUCACACCCGUAGCUGAGUAAAUAAGUGCAUGGAAAACUUAAAGGGACACUAUAGUCACCAGAACAACUACAGCUUAUUGAAUUUGUUCUGGUGAGUAGAAUCAUUACCUUCAGGCUUUUUGCUGUAAACACUGUCUUUUCAGAGAAAAUGCAGUGUUUACAUUACAGCCUAGUGAUAACUUCACUGGCCACUCCUCAGAUGGCUGUUAGAGAUCCUUCCUGGGUCAUGGCUGCCUAAAAUGCAUCCAAACAUUCAGUAUCUCCACCCUCUGCAUGCAGACACUGAACUUUCCUCAUAGAGAUUCAUUGAUUCAAUUCAUCUCUAUGAGGAGAUGCUGAUUGGCCAGGGCUGUGUUUGAAUCAUGCUGGCUGUGCCCCUGAUCUGCCUCCUUGUCAGUCUCCACCAAUCCUAUGGGGAAGCACUGUGAUUGGAUCAGGCUACCACUUCUGAUGAUGUCAGCAGACUGCUUGUUUUUUUGAGUCAAACAGCAUGCAGAGUUACAGAUUCUGGCUUGAAUAUAGUAAGAUUUUCCUAUAUUUAUGGAGUCAUGAGGGGCCCAGGGGGCUAGAUGUUGGUGUUAACAUUAUAGGGUCAGGAAUACAUGUUUGUGUUCCUGACCCUAUAGUGAUCCUUUAACUUUCCCUGACCUGAGUGCUUCCCUUGAUAAGUGUCCUAUACUCACAUCUACUACUGAUCCUAUGUAUUUUUUUUAAAUCUUUUUUUAUUUAUCAAUUUAUAUACCAGGAAUAUCACUGACAAAGCUGUGACUCUUGGGCAAGAAAUUACAACAUACCAACUGAUACCAUGUACCUCAUAACGGGACAUCUAAAAUGUAUCUACUGUUAUUGCUGAUGUAUUUUAUAUCUGGCUCUCAUUGUAUUACCUGACUACUCAAUAAAAAUGUUAUUAAAAUGUGUGUGUAUGUAUGUGUGUAUAUAGGUGUAGACAGGGCCCUGGUGAAAGAAUUUUUUCUGGGGGGCCCAGCUAUCACGGUGUGUUUGUGUAGACAUACACAGAGACAUAUGCAGAUACACAGGUACAGACACACGUAAAAUACACACAUGCAGAUACACAGACACACACUCACUGACACACAUGCAGAUAUACAUACAGAUACUGACACACAUGCAGAUACACACAAUGACACAGUUACAAACACUGACAUACAGAUACACAGGGGCACACAUCAAAACACAGACACACAUACAGAACCAAAGAUACAGAUACAAAGACACACAGAUCUACAUGCAGCCACACUAGCGAUGGUUUCACCCUGUUUGUAUUGUAUUGUGGACCUUGUCAUGAGGAGUUGUCCAUCUUUUGGGAGAUUCCUUAAAUUAACAUGAAUGUGCCUGGUUGUAUUUAGAAAUCCCUUGAUUUAAUGUGUGAAUCAAGCUGCCCCCCAGUUCUGACUGAAGUGUUUCUGACUUCUAUUUGCAGACCCUCUUCGCUCUCUGUCACUAUGUCAUAGCUCGAGAAGAGGACAAUUUUCCUGAACCAAACAAAUUUCUCCCUAAUCGCUGGUUCCGUGAACAGCGGGUAAAGAAUAACGCUUUCAGUUCAAUCCCCUUUGGGUAUGGCGUCCGAGCCUGCGUGGGACGGCGGAUAGCAGAGCUGGAAAUGCACUUGGCGUUAUCUCGGGUAAGUGUGCGCUAUGAUACGAUCCAUUUGUGGAGUCAUAAUAUGUGCUGAACCGGAAUGUGUUGAUGAUUUUAGUUAUGAAAAUAUGCUCUUCAAAUACCGUCCAUUAUCUGUCAGUCACGGGAGAAGGGGGUGCUUGUGGUUUGUUUAAGGAUGGAGUAGUUUCCAUGUUAACUCCCAGAAAAAGUUUAAGGUUUUAGAAAAUACACCUGAGAUUGUAAAUUGAGCUUUCAAACUAGAAAGUACAGAAUCUUAGUGUCACGACAGCUAGUGUGGUCUAGCACGCAGAACUAUGUAACAUCUACAUAGACAAACCGGUCCUUAGAAUGGCCAGACUAAUACGUUAAAGACAAGGAAUGGUCAAGGGAUAGCCGAGGUCAAGGAAGCCAGAAAUAUACAAUAUCGUUAAACAAGCCAAGACAGGGAAAUCAGAAUAGUCAGAAAUAGCCAGAACAUGUCGGUUGGGCGGCGAGUCGGGGCCUGUGACACUUUGACAUCACUUGCGGUAUGUUAUAGAUCUGCACUAAAAAAAACUCCUGACCAAAAACCUAAGCAUUUAGCAGCACAGUAACUUAGUAAAUAGUCAUGAGCACUAAAUAGGGAUUGUUGAUCUGACUUCUGAUAAUAGAAUUGUACGAUCACUGAUGGAAUCUGCGCCUGUUACAGACCGUUUAGUUAACUAGUUAGCUGCACUCGAGUUGGAAUUAUUAUUAUUAUCAUUAUUAUUUGGUAUUUAUAGAGCGUCAACUUAUUCGGCAGCACUUUACAUUAUAAUAAUAGGGGGAAUUUGCUAAUAAAUGAGACUAUUACAAAACGUUACAGGAACAAUAGGAUGAAGAGGGCACUGCACAGACAAGCUUACAGUCUAGAGGAGGUGGGGUACCAAACACAAUAGAAAGUACUUCAAGGAAGACAUCAAACAAACAAUAAGAUGGGAAAGUAGCAGAGCUGGUGGUGAGAGUGGAGUGCGGCCCCAUUAGGAGAGAGCAAGAGGCAGAUUUGUAAUGUUGCUGUCAUUAGACUGAUGCUCCUGGUGUAGGACACUUUUCCAUUACACGUUACUCUGUUCUGUUGUAUGGAGGUAAUCAUAGUAUGAUUUUAUUUCUCGUUUUAAUAGUUUCUUCUUGCCUCCCCAGAUAAUGCAGAAGUAUGAGGUUAAGCCGGAUCCCAGUAGUGGAGAGAUUAAAGCUAUGGCAAGGAUUGUUCUGGCCCCUCACAAACCUAUAAACUUGAAAUUUCUGAAAAGGGACUCUUUGUCUUUGCAAUCUGCUUGACCAUCAUUUACAAUUCCAAUCGAGGUUUUAUCUCACAGAACUGGAAUCAAUGUCUGAGCAUGGAUUUCACAAUUCCCUUAAACAUCCAGCCCUUGAUAUUACUUUCAUUAUAAAUCUAGUUCAAUAUCUCAACUUCAUCAUCAAAAAGUUAAUUCACGUUUGCCGUUUGUAAUAUAUGAAUGCCAUGGUUUUUAUUAAAAUACAAUCAUUUUAUUGGUGGACUACUCAAACCAGUUAAAUUUAAAACGUAUAUCAUCUCCAGCACUGACCCCCAUAUUCCUGGUGCAAGACAGAACUGGCGGCCACAAUGGUCAACUCCUUUGUAAAUUUUAAUUUUAGUCAAAAUGUUUUAAGAUUUUUUUUUUUUCUUUAAAUUCUUUACUCUGGUCUUUCUAAACCAUGGUGUGUUUUUUUUUGUUUUUUUUUGUCUGUUCCCUUGAAUGCAUAUGAAAUAAGGUCAUUUCGGUAACAUUACAGUGUAAACGGGGAAACAUUAGACGAGGUCAUACUAACAAAGAUCUUCGGUUUAUUAAAUCAACUGCAAAGGGUUAAACUUGAGCUAAACAAUUUGUCUCUAUAAGAACCUUACAAAAAAAAAUGGAAAUAUCCUUAUCAUAAUAAUAUAUAUUUUAAUCUAUGAAGUUGAUAAUUACAUUGUAUUAAUACGUUUCUGACCAUUUUAAUAUAAUUCCUUGCUUUAUGUAUGGGGGAUGUGUAGUAAGAGAGGCAUUGUUUAUUUUUAUUAAGUCACGGUUCAGGGAACAGAAUGUAGAAUGAGAGAUUCCUGACUGGGUCACACAGCGGGGUAACUACCUAAUGAUACAGGAAUGCAAAUUGGGGCCAAUCAAAGAGGCAGCACAGCAGUUGAAUUUAUUUAAUGGGAGAGUAACAAUUCUGCAUUGUUUUUCUAUUUCACUGUUAUUGGGAUAAUUUUAGGUAUUUACUAUUGUCUCCUGCUUUGCUUAUCUCUGGUAACUCAACAAAGAAAGCUCUGAGCCUGUUCCAGGUCAAUGACAAUCAACACUGCCUAAUUUUAUGACCCCCUCCUCCCUGACUUUCUCUCUCUGUGUCACACCGCAGAUAUACUUUUACUGUAAUGCUACCCUCCCUGCCUCUCCAUGUCCAUUGUAUCUGUAAACACACCUUCCAACAGGUGAUUUGCUCCUGAUAAGAUGCUGAGCAGCGGAUAUUAGACUCGGCCCUCAAAAGUUCUUCUUCAUUCUCCCGGAUAUCUCUGCAGUCUCACAUUAAAGUCUAGAGCACCCCAUAUUUACUCAACCACUUCCAAAAUCCUUAUGUCUGUGUGUUUCUAACCAAAGUCUCUCCAUCCAUUUCCUAACUCCCACUCCUACUUCUCUUUUUCCAAAAUGUUCUCCACUCCACUCUGUUUUUUUUGUUUUGUUUUUACUGUUGCAACCCUGCUUUAUAAUAACCUUAUAUUAGACACAUAAAAGGGGAUGAGGAGAGAGAGAGACACACAAAGGGCUGGGGGGAAGAAAGAUACACAAAGGGUCUGGUUACCAGACACCCAGGUGAAGAUGCAUUUUUUAAAAAGGGGGGUGGCAAAAUGUAUCUUGCCCUAUGUUGCCAAAAAUCCUUGCACCGGCUCUGCCCACACCCCAUACUCUCGCCUGAAGGAUAUUUUCAGGAUUGAAGCCUCUUUAUGGAAUGCCUUGCUACAGGACAACUGACUCUCCCUGUCUCUGCAGUUCUUAGAAAAAUCCCUGAAACACUUCUUUAGAAAUGCCUAUCAGAUUUCUCCUUAAAGGACCACUAUAGUGCCCUGAGGGUGCCCCCACCCUCCGGGUCCCCCUCCAGCCCGGCUCUGGAAAGGAGAAAGGGGUUAAAACUUACCUUUUUCCAGCGCUGGGCGGGGAGCUCUCCUCCUCCGAUCCUCCUCUUCUCCUCCCAUGCGGCUGAAUGCGCACGCGCGGCAAGAGCUGCGCGCGCAUUCAGCCGGUCACAUAGGAAAGCAUUAUCAAUGCUUUCCUAUGGACGCUUGCGUGCUCUCACUGUGAUUUUCACAGUGAGAAUCACGCAAGCGCCUCUAGCGGCUGUCAAUGAGACAGCCGCUAGAGGAAUUGGGGGAAGGCUUAACCCAUUGAUAAACAUAGCAGUUUCUCUGAAACUGCUAUGUUUAUAACAGAAUGGGUUAACCCUAGCUGGACCAGGCACCCAGACCACUUCGUUAAGCUGAAGUGGUCUGGGUGCCUAGAGUGGUCCUUUAACUCCUCAUUCCCGACAACAACUCUACCUUCUCCCACCUACUGUGCUUCAUCCUCCCGAACAGCACUCCCUUUCUCGACUACAGUUAAAUCUGUUGAUGCCCUCACUUCCCUUAAUGUAUUUGGCCAUCAACACUUUAGUUUGUGAGCUUGUUUUUGCAAAGCCAUCUAACCUACUGUUCCCGUUUGUCAUACAUGUUUUGUUAGAGUUGACUGUUUGUCUUGCCUCGUAUUGUACAGAGCUCUGGAAUAUGUUGGAGCUAUAGAGCUAAGUGUAAUUGUAAUCAAAUCCAGAAAUAAACAAAGAGUCCGUAAUGAUUUGGGAACAGGUCACAUUGUACAAUAAUUUUGAUUACAACUAUAUACACACCGACACACAUGCACAUACAGGCACACAAAUACCCACACUGACACAGUUACAGACACAAAGCUACAGAACAUGACACGCAUGCAAAUACAUAGAUACACGUAUGGACAACAUACAGAUAUAGACACAUAUACUGACAGAUAUACUAACACAUACCUGGAUACAUAUACUGAAAGACAGACACACAUACUGACAACAUACAGAUACAUAAAUACACACAUUAACAACAUACAGAUACAGACACAUAUUCUGACACAUAGUCACACACUGACAGACAUACUGACACAUACAAUUACACACUAACACACACAUACUGACACAAACACAUAUGCAAAAUGUACACUUGUUACGUCACCCAGUGGCGUCGCUAGAGGGGGGCCAGAGGGGGCCAUGGCCCCCCCACAUCAUGCUGUGCCCCCUCUUGGGCCCCCCCAAAUGCCGGCAACUUGCUGGCCAUGGGCUUCAAUUAUAUUCCCUCGGACUGUAACAGCCUGUGACAGCCCGGGGAGGAAAUGCAGGACUGAGCUGCUGGGGGCUGUCUGUGGCUGGAGUGAGCACUGACAGGCUCCUCGGCACAGGGCCCGCCCCCAAAUGAAGCCCCGCCUCCUGCACAUAAGCCCCACCCCUGCCAUAAAGCAGCCGACCAUGCUGCUGCAGAAGAUGGCUGCCUGACCCCCAGCAACAGCCUCCACUGACAGGUAGGCUGGGGGGGGGAGG